AUGGCCGAAUCCAUUUCCUCUUCCCUUGAGAGAUUUACAUAUCCCCCUUUACCUGAAUCUUUUUCUUCACCUGAUACCACUUCGCCCACCGAUGUUCUUCUCCAACACCAUCAUCAAACUCAUCAGCCCCAACAAUGUCUGCCUACAGAUUUCCAAUUCGAUGGAGAUGUCUUGUCAAACUCACCCGAACAUCCUCAACCCCAAGAUAUGCCGACCGCCACUCCUUGGGUUACACCCAUCGAUGGGUUCUCGGGUGGGUUCAAUAUGCUCAACAUCGAUACUAGUCCCAUACAAAAGAGGAUCGAUGGUUUUGAAACUCUCAAUCAAGCCAACCCAUCUUUCACCCCUUCGAUGGAUUACCCAUCGAUGCAACAAUCUUUCCAACCUUCCCAUGUUCUCUCUCACGCAUCUUCUUCUUCAUCCUUGGCAUCCAUGUCUUCUCAGCACACCGAUUCAGCUCGAUUACUCGUCCAAACUUUUCCCACCGAGAUAAGCACCGAUUACCAUAUACCCAUGGAACACUCAAGACAAUCAAGUUACUCUUCUAUGUCCAUGUCCGCUUCUCAAAUUCCGCCCUUUGAUGAUAAGCUCUUCAGCAACACUCCGUUACCUGCUUUGGAUAUGAACGUCUACUCGAUGCCGCCUACUACCAACUUGCCUGACUUGAACCAUUACAGCAAUGCUGGUAUUCCCACCGGAGAGGUGUUCAGACAACAACCUCCAAGGUUGGCACUUCAAACUCAAAACCUACAAGGAAUGGGUAUGGGUGUAGGUAAAAUGACUAGAGAACGAAGUUCAAGUAGAAGUAUUCCUUACAACAGAUACAGGUCUGAGAGUGUUUCUGUCAAGUCCGAAGCAGAUGACGAGAUUGCUUCGAUGCUUAGUGCUUCGACCAACUACAGCUCGGUCACACCUUGGUCGACCACGGCUAUGCAUCCCCUUAACGGAGGCUUGAACAAGAUGACGAUUCAUCAACGAAGAACUAGCUCAAACACACCCUACAACACUCCGAUCAACCCAUAUCCGUCAAGGCCGAUGUUAGCUCGAUCAAGAAGAAGCACCUCGUUCAUCCUUGCUAAGCAAAUGUCCCAACCCGAUUUGCAAUUCCAAAACCAACUUGCGGGUGUGGCGCUUUCCGGUUCUGCACUUGAGAGACAAGAGACUGUACGAAAGGACUUGACCGAUAAGUCAAAUGAAAUCAAGAGGAUAACGAGUCAGACUCAACAAGAUAAAGCUAGGACUCUAUGGGUACGAAGAUGGUUGAUGCUGAGCUAUACUCACGCUCCCGGAAGAACUGUGCCACGCCAGGGUUUAUACCACUCGUACACUGUCUCAUGUGACGAGUAUGGCUUGAAGCCCAUCAAUUCAGCUUCUUUCGGUAAAGCUGUGAGAGCUGCUUUCCCUGGUAUCAAGACUAGACGACUUGGUGUAAGAGGUAACAGUAAAUACCACUACGUCUCGAUCAGACCCGCUAUUCAGAUUGAAGCUGAAAGACUGAACGAGUACGGUGACUCUAGCGGCGCUUGGCAUGUCGUUCCCGAAGACGGGUCGAUGGAUUUCAAGACUACUUCUCAGCAGGAUUUCGAUGAGGAUAUGGAGGAAGAGGAUUUUGGAGACAGUGAAGAGGAGGAGGAUCCCUUCUCUACGUCCAGCACCCUCAAGAAAUCACCUUCAUCCUACGACUUCCCAACGUACACUCGUGCCAACUCCGGAAAUCGUUCAAGAGCUACAUCAAUCAACGAUGUCUUCUCCGCUCGACCUCGAUUUCCUCGAAGGCAUACGACUGCCGCUUUAAGUGGCAGUUUCAACUUCCACCCGAACAACAUCGAAGUCCCCAAUCUGGUGUACAAUCUUCCUGGAUUUCCCACUGCUGCCGAUGCGGGGCAUUUGACAAAUGAACAAUCUUUACAAGAUUUCUGGAUCUCUUUCUGUCACCACCAAGAGACGUUGGUGCAGUCCAUGAGGACUAUGCAGUACGAUAGGUAUGAGAUGAAUUGCCGAACUUUCUGGGUUGGUUUUUCACAUCAGAGCUACCAGAUCUCCGUUCAGCCUGCGGUUUCGACUAUGAUAUCAGAUGCUAUGGCAAUCACCUAUGAUCACAUGAUCGGCAAUCUCCUGAGCAAGCUUAGUGACAAUGUGACUAUUACCGCUCAGAAUGCUCUUCGUGCUUUGGCGGAUAACCUCGAGACGAUAAUGGAAGAAUCUCUUUCCUCAUUCCACAGGGAGUUUUCCGAGGCUAAAGUUGAACUUGCUGUUCGAGCAGCUCACUUGUUCACCCGUUUCCUUGAUCUGAGACAAGUGACCUUUGCUCUUGGUCCUAUACUUUCCAAUGCCGCCCAAACGAGAGAGAUGAUUCACGCUUGGAGCUCACUCGACAUUCGAUCAGUUUCAGAUCAAUGCGCCUUGUCUUGUUCAUGUGAACAAGAUAUCCUGGAACAAGUGCUGGCAGAUUUCGGUGAAUGGCUCGCCGACGGUGAUCGUGCCCAAAAUAAGGGAAGAGGUGUCGAAAGGUUAUCGGAGUGGGUUGAUAGGGUGUUGAAGCAGGUCAUGGGUGUACCCGGUAUCACUUUGAGAGCUAUCGUGUGCAGAGUUGGUUUCAUCACUUCGCAGGUCAUGAGAGAUUUUACUCUCAAAUCGGAAAAAUCAUUCGGAUUAUUCCAGCUUAUCAAAACGUUUAUCGAUGAUUACGUGUCCAUCACAUCUCUGAGACAGACAGCCUUAUCAACGAAAUCAGUCGAAUCAAAUGCCCCAACCUCAAUGCCUACAACAACCGGACAUUCAGCUCGAUCCUCGAUCUCUUCGAUGAAUGUUUUCAUCCCCUCACCGUCACAAAAUGAUCUCAAUAACUCGUCAACCGACCUGUCCACCAUGCCGUUCUCUACAGCUAAUAAUGGUCUGGGUUCGGGAAGUCACAGGAUGAUGGACGAAGGUCAAUAUCUUCCUCUACCCAGCAUGGAAGGUAUGGAAUUGGAAGGCAGCCUGAUCACUCCUAGACCAUUUGGUCAUGUGAAUAAAGAAGAUCAGAGUGAAGAUAACAGUAGUGGAAGCAAUUCGAAUCUCAUGCCUUAUUCAUCUUAA